AGAACGACCCAGGCGGAGUGAUUUAGUGAGGACUACACCCAAGCGCCUGUCCGAUUGCAGCGGCUUCUCUUCGUUGCCUAGACCAGAAGAAAGCCGGGACGUGACGGAUCCGGGGGGGUUCUGCUUGCUGGAGGCCCGUUAAACCACUGAUAAAUACAGCUUCUUCGUCGCUCAAGAGGCGUUUGUGACCUAACUUGACCCUACGUAUUUUUCAUCUUAGAACUAAUUUCACAAACAUGUCCUGGCAAAGCUACGUGGACAACCUGAUGGCUGAUGGCAGCUGCCAGGACGCGGCCAUUGUUGGGUACACGGACGCCAAAUACGUCUGGGCAUCGUUUGUCGGCGGUACCUUUGCCAACAUAACGCCUGAAGAAAUCGACGUGUUAAUAGGAAAGGACAGGGAGGGAUUCUUCACCAGUGGGAUGACCUUAGGCAAUAAAAAGUGCUCCGUAAUCAGAGACAGCCUCCAAAUUGACAGCGACUGGACAAUGGACAUCCGAACAAAGAGUCAAGGAGGAGAGCCAACAUACAACGUUUCUGUAGGCAGAGCCGGCAAAGCAUUGGUUUUUGUCAUGGGGAAGGAAGGUGUCCAUGGAGGACAGCUCAACAAGAAAGCAUUUCAGAUGGCUGAGUACCUGAGGAAGUCCGGAUACUAAAGCAGCCUGUACCCACUCCACCUAGCAGCUCACCCUUAAACCCUGUUGCAUUUCACACUACUUCAGUCCUAGUUGGUAGUUACUUUGUUUUUCUUUUUCUGCCUUCUCUCCUCCCCAUUUAAUCCCAUUUUGUCAUCGUCCCCUAACCUGUCCUCUUCACCAACACAUUUGCGCUGUGUACUCUAAGCCCCCCCCCCCCGCUAUAAGUUGAUCCAUAGCAAAGAUGAGCAUGUUCCUAACAGGAUGUCAUGACAAAUCUGUACUUAAUCAAGACCAGCAAAACAUUCUGGCCAAACACUCAGACAACGAAAGCUAUAGCGUCAAUUUGAAGUAGAUAUUUCUUUCUUUUCUCUCUGUCAUGGUGCCCAUUACUUAAUCUCACCCUAACCUGAUCAUACACACACCCUCCCUGAACAACAGAUGUCUUUUGGAGCACUUGAGCGGUAACCAAGCUCGUCAUGUCUUCCUCUUUUAUUUCCCCAUCAUGUCCAGGAGGGCAGACUGUGUGCAUAUCUUGGUCCACUGCCGUUUCCCUCACACCCGCCACUAUCCCCAAAUUUUUCAGUUCCUCCCCUCUCCCGGUUUCCCCAUCCUGUUUGCUCAAAGCAGGCGACACUACAAACCUCACAGGAGACUCAUCUUCAUCAAACACUACACACCACCCAACCAGUCCCAAAAUGCCUCUCCUUUCAGAUUCACUGCUCUGUCCUGAAUACAUUUUUAUAAAGGAAGGGGGGGAGAAGAUACGAGUGUGUAUGGGGGAUGCUCAGAUGACGAUCAUGAGACCGAUUUGCGAGCAGUGGUGUCGAGAUACUGGUAGCCUCUCCUCCCGUCAUCACAACCUCCCUGACUGCACGGAAACCCAUGGACAUUCCACAGUAACAAUGGCUCAGGCACUUAAUACUGUUUUUGUUUGCCAGCUCCUGUAAUAUAUUCUUUUUUUUUCUUUUUUUGAAAGGCUGCCAUUUUUGGACAGUAGAUAUCCCAGCAUAUAACCAUCUGGAGUAUGUCCAGUUUGAAUUUUUUUCUUUUUAUAGGACCAAGUGUAGUCGAAGCUCGGGUGUUUAUACAAUUGCUCUAAAUCAUGUGAAGGAUGACCGCUAACUCUUUUCUGAUGAAGGAAACACUAACCAGACAGUAAUACUUACCGUGGUUUAAAAAAAAAAAAAUGAAGCUACAGGGGAGGAAGGGUGGGAGUAUCUGAAGAAUAUUCUCAUUUCAUUGUUUUUUUUUUUUUCCGUUUUGUUUUUCUUUACUGUUUAGAAAACAAACGACUGCAUUUGUACAAACCCAUGCUGUGUUGACAACUACAAAACUGUGGAAUAAAUUGCCUUCUACUUUAUAGUCAGCUGAGCUCUGGGGUAUCACACGGUCUGUCCAUGCUCAGUACUGCUAACUGUAACGUCCAACUGAAAAAAAUAAACACUUCAAAAGUAGAAAUGACACUCAAUGGGAGAUGGAAUUUGUUUGAACAAAGACGCUUAUGGUUGUCUUGUCAAAACUGCAGAACCUGUGUAUCCUGUGCCAUAAUAUAGAGAUCUGUUGCUGUUGUAAGAUGGAUUUUACCCACUGUCCACUAAGUCAUUUCAUUGACACUUUUUUUUAUUUUUUUUAUUUUAUUUUUUUUGCUUCAGCUCCACUGUUUAGGCCUUGUGGGAUAUGUGUACUCAUAAAAAAAAAAACAACAAAAAAAACAACUACCUGUUUCAAGUCCUGUUUGCUGAUUUAUGUUCAUUUCCUUUUCCUCACCACUUUUUUUUUUCUUACAUCUGGGAUAGUCUCUUUAAUGCAUCUGAUUUCAUAUGCAUAAAACCAAGAAAUGCCAUGAAUUGAUUUAUCACCUUGUUUACAGACAGAUCAAAUAAAUUUAUUCCAACCAGA